CAGCUGGGAUUAUCCCUAUUUAUCAGGGUUGGCUCCUCCCUUACUUUGAGGCAUCUGCCGUAUUUCCAGGUUGAGUGGUGGCUUCCUUGCCACUGAAUCCUUGCUGUGCCAAAGCCCUGCAAGUCAUUUCUGGUGAGGACCAUGUUCCUGUUUCCAUCUUUCCUUCUCCUGGGUGUGGUAACAGCAUCUUAUGCAGAGCCUGUAACUGAAGGUGUUCAAAGCUCCUGCCCUGUGAUUACCUGUAGUUCUCCAUGCCUGAAUGGCUUCCCAGGCAAGGAUGGACGGGAUGGUGCCAAGGGAGAGAAGGGAGAGCCAGGUCAAGGGCUCAGAGGCUUGCAGGGCCCUCCUGGAAAGGUAGGACCAGAAGGAUCCCCAGGGACUCCUGGGCCAAAGGGAGCAGUGGGGCCGAAAGGAGACCGUGGAGAGCGUGGGGAAUGUGAUACCAGAAAAAUCGAUGCAGAAAUCGCAGCUCUACAAGCAGAGCUGAGAGGCAUUAAGAGGUGGGUGCUCUUCUCUACGAGUGAACGAGUUGGAAAGAAGUACUUUGUGAACACUGGCAGAAAAACGAGCUUUAAUGGAGUGAAGGCUCUGUGCUCCCAAUUCCAGGCCUCUGUGGCCACUCCCAGGAACGCCGAGGAAAAUGUGGCCAUGCAGAAGGUGGCUAAAGAGAUUGCCUACAUAGGCUUGACAGACGAGAGGACUGAAAACCAGUUCUUGGACUUGAAAGGAAACAGACUGCAGUACACUAACUGGAAUGAUGGUGAACCCAACAACACGGGGGAUGACGAAGACUGUGCGGUGCUCCUGUUAAAUAGCAAAUGGAAUGAUGUCCGCUGCUCGGACUCCUUUUUGGCAGUCUGUGAGUUCUUGGACUGAGGGUGUUUGUGUCUCAGUCCUCCUUGAUGCCUUAUUAUGCCCCAUAAGUCCACAAUUGGUUCUGAAAUAUAAACGAGGUAAAAAUAUAAACAAUUAAGCAUUAGUUGCCCAAUUAAACUAUACUGCUUUUUUUUUUUUGGAAUAGUAUUUCCUUGUGAAGAUGUAAAAAUAAAAUGAGUUUGGCUUCUUCAUUUAUGACAAACAUGCGUGCUCUGCCGAGUUCUCUUUUCUCUUUGGGUAGAAGGCUUCCAGGAUGUGACAUCACUCUAGCUAAUUCUGUAGUUUCUCAGCCCAGUCUCAGGUAUUAAAAAGGCCUACUUAGAGCUUUAUUUCAGAGAUUUACCUCCUUCCCAAUGAGACAUUAAACUAGGUACAGAAUGUAAGUCUCAAGUGAACAGAUUAAUGAAUUCUCUCUCUCUAACACACACAAUAUCCACCCAUCAAUAUAUCAUCUAUCUAUCUAUCUAUCUAUCUAUCUAUCUAUCUAUCUAUCUAUCUAUCUAUCAAUCAUCUAUCUACCUACCUGUCUAUUUAUCUAAUAACAUCUUGUAGGUAGAGGCAUAGACACGUCUCUGACCCUAGAAACCCCUUAAUUACUUCUCCUAGAUACUGUUCCCAAAGGUAAGUGUGAUUUUGAUCUGCAUUGUAACAGAUUGAUUUUAUCUGUUUGUAAAAUUCAUAGAGACAGAAUCACUGUAUGCACUGUUUCAUGUCUUAUCCUUACCUCAUUCAGAAUUAAGCAUCUGAUAUUCAUUCAUAUUGUCCCAGACAGCAGCAGUUUAUUCCUCCCAUUGCUGUACAGAACUCUCUUAUAUUAAAACAUCAUGCUUUACCUUUUUAUUCUUAAUAGACACAAUUGACUUGCUUUCAUUUUUAGUCAUUAAGAAAAAACUCUUGGGGCUGGAAAGUUGGUUCCACUGUUAGGAGCAGGUAUUGCUUGUGCUGAGGACCCGAGUUAAGGUCCCAGCACUGUUAUCAGACAGUUCACCAAGUCCUGUACCUCUAGCUACAGGGGACCCUCUUCCAAACACCAUGGACACAUGCAUUCAUGAGUGCAUGCCAACACAUACACACAUAGUUAAACAUAAUAAAGAUAAGUCUCUGAAAAGAAGAAGCCUCAUGACCCUUCUUUUGGUAGAAGUAUGCACUUACUUGGUGGUUGGUUGUCAGUGGUAGGAAAAGCAGGCAUUUAGAUUUAAUUAAAAGGAGCCACACUCCCAUCAACAAUGUAUGUCAGUUGUAGAUGUUCUACAUCUCAGGAACAGGUUGUACUUUGGUUCUUUGGAUUUUGGCCAUUCUUGUAGGUAUAAAGUGAUGUUGCCAUGUUUUUGUCUUAUUUCCCCAGUGUGUUAUAAUGAUGAAAACAUUCCAUGUGGUAAUUGCUAGCCUACAUAUCUUUUGUGAUCUGUUCAAAGAUUUGGAUUUUGUUGUAAUCAAUCUGCACUUUUCACAUAGACUUCUAGGUAUUUUUUUUACAUUCAGAAUACAAAUCUCUUCCAUUGUGUCUAUCAUAGGCACUUUUCCAUGGUUUUUACUUCUUCUGUUAUUGGCUUUCAGUGAAUAUAAGAGCUUAAUAAAAUAACUUUUGUGUGUG